AUGACAGAUUUGGGACUUAUGAGAUAUUUUCUCAGUAUUCAAGUGAAGCAGUCAAAGGGAGAAAUAUUUAUCUCUCAAGGAAAAUAUCUUGAAGAUUUAUUGAAGAAAUUUCAUAUGUCUGAUUGCAAGUCAGUUUUUACUCCAAUCUCUUUAAAUAAGAAGUUGCAAGUAAAUGAUGGAGCAAAGAAAGUCAAUGCUACCGCCUAUCUAAAAUUGGUUGGUUCACUAAAUUAUCUCACUAAUACAAGGCCAGACAUCGUUUACACUGUAAAUCUUAUUUCUAAAUUUAUGCAUGAGUCGAGCAAGCUACACUAUGCAGCAACAAAGCGAAUUCUUCGACAUCUUCAAGGGACCAAGAAUCUCAACAUCAG